AUGCAAAAUGUGCAACCAGUGGCCAAGGUGGGUGGACAGGCAACGGAUGGGCGUAACCGUCAACUCCACCAAACGUCGCCUCAAGAUAACCCUAAGGCAGUGCCCAAAACUCCCAAAAAUAGGGGCGAGAGUAGCACGGCGAUCGUGCAAGCACCGUCCCAAAGUGCGAAGAGACCGCGGGUGUCCUACGCCAGUGCCACCAAAUCAGUUAAGGUCGGCAUCAUAGCCACGGACUACCCAUGCAGACUGCUGCGCAAGCGGAAACUGACCAGCGUAGAGACGAUGUUGAUUAGGGAGUUGAGGAAGGGGUGGAUCACCAGCCUUAACUUUAACGGCAUCCGCUUCAGACUCGAAUUGAUUGUAGUCGAAUGCCGGGACGACGAUACCAGGGACUGGUUGGUAUCUGUCGUACCCAAGUUGGCCGCGGUAGAAGGAGUGCAGUUCAAAACCUGCAUGGGGGAGCAGCUCCCGGAAUUGGAGAUCAUUACAGUUUAUCUAGCACGGUCGUCAGGGGAAGAGGAGCAGACGUCUGUGGACCUCUUGAAGGGCCAGAAUUCAGACCUUUUCCCUGACACCUUGACUGUGUUGAAGUGCCCGGAGACGAGUGGGAGAAAGCUGGUGACCCUGGGAGUAGGACUGCCGCCUCUACUACAACUCCAGAAAAACGACAUGAUCUUAAGCUACCGUUUUGGCCAGCUCCCAUGUCGCCUGCAGAAAAAGAAGGGCGCAGCAGCGAUAGUGGCAUCCAAUACUGUCGGGCCGACCCGACGAGGUCAGCGAAGUGCAGUAGCAGAUCUCGAGGCUUAUGUUGAAAAUACAUCGUUGGAAGGCCUAGACCUGACAG